AUGCAGCUGCUGCACCAGCCCAUGUUAGGAUUGCAGCUGCAGACGCCUGCAGUCGCAGUCCCUGGAGUGCAGUCCCAGUACCACGCCCAAGACGAGCUCGGUCAGUACUCCUUCGGCUAUUACAACAGCCAGUCCUCUCGCGCCGAGACCCGUGACGCGGCCGGGACCGUGCGAGGCGCCUUCAGCUACGUGGACCCAAAUGGCCAGGUUCAGACCCAACACUAUGUGGCCGACUCGAACGGCUUCCGCGUGGCCGGCACAAACCUCCCCGUGGGCCCCGGCACCCCCGUGGUCGGAAGGCACCCGCACCUCAGCCCAGGGACACCCCUCGUCUAUAGCACCCUUCCAUACACUGCCGGUACAACCGCCGCGGGCAGCACACUGCACGUGAGUCCCGGUUCCCCCCUGGUCUAUAGCAACCUCCCCGUGGCUUUUGGCUCUCCUGUCGUCGCGGUUCAGGAUACCGGCGAUGCUGACGACGCUGACGACGAGGAGUAG